UCGCUGCAGCUGUGGGCCCACAUGGCCGGACUUAGCCCCUGGCCAGAAGGGCCGGUCUGGGGCAAACAAAGUGUCCACCUGCGCUGUGGCCUGGCUGAGUUCUGGGGGACUUUUGUGCUGAUUCUGCUCGGCUGUGGCUGGGUGGCCCAGGCUGAGCUGCGAGGCUGGACUGGGGGUUUCCUUCGAGCCAGGGGACCCGGGGCUCAAGUGGAGCAGCGGGUCCUGGCCCACAUGCGACUUCUCGGCAUGGACAAGCCCCUCCGGUUCGUGGUCUCCGCAGGAGCCUACAUAGGCUCCGGAGCCUCAGGUACUCACCUGAACCCCGCGGUGUCCCUGGCCAUGUGCUUCCUGCGGCGACUGGACUGGAACCUCCUGCCCACAUUGUGCCUAGCCCAACUGGCCGGGGCCUUCUGCGGCGCGGCCACCGUCUUCGCCUGGCACUAUGACGCUCUCCAAGCCUUCAGCGCUGGUGCCUGGGCAGUGGCCGGACCCAAUGCCACAGCUGGGAUCUUUGCUUCCUACCCCUCCGGGCAGCAGAGUUCACUCAGCAGCUUUGCUGACCAGGUGAUGGCGUCGGCAGCGUUCCUCACCUGCGUCCUGGCCGUGCUGGGAGAGGGAGCCCCAGCCCCCCGCCACAAGCUGCAGCCCCCCGCCCGGCGGCUGGCCCUGUUCCUCAUUGGCUCUGCCUUGGGCUCGAGCUGUGGGUGCCCCAUCAACCCCGCCGAGGACCUGGGCCCAAGGGUGUUCGCGGCAGUGGCUGGCUGGGGGCUGGAAGUCUUCAGGGUUGGAAACCACUGGUGGUGGAUCCCAGUCCUGGGGCCCCUGGUGGGUGCCCUGCUCGGGGCCUCCGUGUACCACCAUGCCCUGGCCCUGCCUGCUCUGCUCUCGGGAAGAAAGAAAGCUGCGGCCUGACCGGCCUCACUGAGCGGCCUCAUUGCCCACCCUGCGGAUCCUUGUGCACACGUGGCCCUGGCCGGGUGUCCAGGAACACACUCUGGCCAACAGGAUCCAACGCUGCACCCACGGUUUUUACCCUCCCUGGCUUCCACCCAGUUUUAGCAUCCGUUGCUUCUGCCUGCCCCUGUGUAAGGCAACCA